UUUUAUUUUUUCAAAAAUUGCCUAACCAACUUCCCUUUUCUUCAACAAUUUCAUCACUCCUGCACAAACUCAAAUAUUCAAAAAAAAAAUAAAAAAAUCACUCAAACAUGGAGAAUAUUGAGCACAAAAACCUCUUUAUAAAUGGCAUAAAUAUGCAUAUAGCUGAAAUUGGGAAAGGUCCAUCAACAAUAUUAUUCCUCCAUGGUUUCCCUGAACUAUGGUAUACAUGGCGUCACCAAUUGAUUUCACUUUCAUCUAAAGGUUAUCGUACAAUUGCUCCUGAUCUUCGUGGUUAUGGAGAUACUGAUGCUCCUCCUUAUCCUUCUAGCUAUACCGUUUUCCAUAUUGUUGGUGAUAUCAUUGCUCUUCUCGAUGCUCUCGGGCUCGAUCAGGUCAGAGGCGGAUUCAGAAUUUAAAGUUUGUUAAUAAUAUUUUAUAAAAUAAAUUAUUAUUAUUAUUGUUAUUAUUGUUGUUGUUGUUGUUGUUGUUGUUAUAGUGAGUAAUAGUGAUAUUUCAUGAAGUAAAAGUGAAUAAUUCACAGUUGAGGUGUUUUUUUUCAUAUAGUUGGUGAUCUUAUUGCACUUCUCGAUGCUCUCGAGCUCGAUUAGGUUGGAGGCAGAUUCAGAAUUUAAAGUUUGUUAAUAAUAUUUUAUAGAAUAAAUUAUUAUUA